UGCAGUCAGUUUAUUUUGCAUUACAUAAUCUGUAGUUUUAUUUGGACUUCCUCUUUUCUUCAGUCAUUUCCUGUAGAAACUUAACAGGGCCCUCAUUAAUGAUGUGAGUUUGCUACUGAGCAAAGAGGGGAACAGAACAGACAGUAACAUGGGGAAGGACAGAGGCUCUAUGAGUGUGAGGUUGUUGUGGAUCCUGGUGUGGAUAACAGCAUACGGUCAAGGAUUCUCAGCUGAAGUAAUGUCAAAGAACAUCUUUUUCCUUGCCGAGUCCAGAGGAAGAGUCGCUGUCCGAGUUUCCCCCGUGGUUCUACAAGGGACAGAGCACCGAUUCCACUGGAUAUGGACAUCACAUGAUGGCAGACACUCAAACACCACAAUAGCCAAUAUCAUUUCAUCCACUUGGGAAUAUGUAUCGAACACAUUGGGUUUUUCAAAAGGCAGUGGAUAUGAUCUUUCCAUCAGCACCAACUUUGAAAAUGCUGGAGAGUUUGUGUUCAUGCAAACCAAACCAGCUUCAUUUAUUGUGACGAGGUUUCAGGUGUUUGCUUUCAAAGUUAAACCCUUUGUAUGGCCUUCAUUUCGUCUGGGUUCUGAUGUGAGUUUUAGUUGUGAGCUGUCCAGCCUACCAGAAGGAACCACACUUCAGUGGGAAAGAGAAGGAGAUCCCACGUCUAACACCACCUUGUAUUACAACAACACUGUCCACAUGGUCAUCCAUAGUGUUGAUCAGAGCAGCAAGGGAGAUUCAACUGCACUCUCAAACAGAAUGGAACAUUGUUAUAUGAAAUGUAUAAUACCUUGAAUGUUGAGAAAAGCACAUUCAAAAUGCCAGUAACUUUGUUCAGAGAGAGCAGCAACAGCAGUGAGGUGGAGAUGAUGUGCAGGUCUUCAUCCUCGCACAGAAAAGCCUCCUGGACCAAGCGCUCAUCUCCAGCGGAAGCACCUGCUACUCUGACAUCAGAUGAUAGACUAGAAGUUGACCGGUUCUCAUCUCCCACGUUCAAACAUAAAGAUUUUCCCCUGAGACUUUCACCAGUGGAAUUUGAGGAUGGAGGAGUGUUCAGAUGUAAUUUUAAUAACAACCUUAUGUCUUAUGUUCAACUCACAACCAUUCAAGUCUCUGAAUCUAGAGGCCCCCCUGGUGGCCAGUCGGUGGUGUUGAAGUGUGAAGUGUCGGAGGUGAACGGUGACCCUGUGACCCUGGCCUGGCUGAGGAUGGAGGGGAGGACGGGGCUAGUGGUCAAAAAGGGCAUCCUUACAGAGAAUCAACCCAACUGGACACUCAGUGUGACCCUGCCCAGCCUCCAAAGGGACCAGCUGGACUGGCAGUGUGCAGUGUUCAGAGAGGACAUGCUCAGAGCGAGUGUUCCCCUCAGACUCCGUGGUGCUGGUGGAAGAUCUGGGAUACCAGGCCUAGUGUUACCAUCGCCUCUGAAAGACGACACCUUGCAGAUUUCGAUCAUUGUGGCCUGUACAGCGUUGGUUGUUGCCGGGAUACUGAUUGGUGCUCUGGUGUUCCACCUGAAGAGGAAGAAGACAGACCCAGGUAAAGACUCUGUGACAUCCCUACCACUUACUCAGAAGAAUGACCCAGUCUAUGGUAACAUCAGUGAUCCACUAGCACACCAAGAGUUCCAGGGAGGACAAGAUGGCAAUGAGGAAGUUCAUUACUCCGAAGUUGCUUUGGGUGAACCCAGGCUUGGUGAUCCCAACAGAGUCACAUCAGGGUCAAAUCACGUACAGGAAGGGGGUGCUGUCAUCUAUUCGACGCUCAACAUAUAAAAACACCUGUCUUUGGUUCAAUUAUUUGAAUUCCAUUUCGUUAAUUUUUUUCUGUGAGCUCAAUGUGCACAUUGCGCAGCUUUUCAAGAGAUAAAUCAGAUCCAGCCUGAACUGUGCGAUGUAGUAGGGAGUUUCCAUCAGGCCAAUAUUCUGCAUAGUUUAGCACAUAAAACGUGCCAAUUAACUACAAUGACCGCAAUCCAUUGAGAAUCUACUUGUCCUGUCUCUGCUUCUUGUACUGUAUGCCUGCCACGGAAGAGGCAGAAUGCAGGAUAGUGAGGGGAUAUAGAGAGCAGGUGUUGUUCACAAGAUAUCUCUACCUGAAAAUGUAUGAUCUAAGUCCAAGUGAUUGAUAGUUGGUGUUCAGCAGUCAUAAAAGUAUGCUUUAUUUAAUUUGAAGAACAACUAAAAUAGUGAUUUUGUCAGACAGCGUAGGCAGCAGCUCUAUAGUGAUGAUUUGGAAUGAAAUAAUGAAGUCAUCAAAUUAAACAAAUGUUAUAUACACAACUGAAAUAUUUGAUUAAAGUAAAGGCUUGUAAAAAAUGAAAUAAGUGAUAGGCAGUAAUGGGCAGUAAUGGGCAGUCACUACCACCAUGGGACUUGUACUGUUUGUUUUAUUCUGUGUUCAACACAAAUAAUCGAAACCGAAAUGGAAAACCAUGAUUAUUAUUUUUAUUAUCAAACUAAAAUCACACCGACCUCAAAAAGCACUAAUCUUCAGCACGAAUGAGAGACAGAUGGUUAUUCGACCAUUGAUAACACGUUUAUAUAGCAGGAUGCUUAAAUAAUUUACCAAUCUAAAAUAAAUCUAUCUGACAUGAGCUGAAUUGACGGACUAUCAUGACUGACAGAACAAGAGAGAAACUGCUGCUGCACAACCUCAGGUCCAAAUUGCACCGUGUGUAUUCUAUCAUUAUAACUUGAGACCCCGACUGCUUUCCUGGGGAAAUUCAUCAGAGGGACUUCAAAUGGGGGCUGUGGGACACCAGUUGCCAAGCCCUGAUCUAGUAGAAUUCGCUGGUUGCACACUAUUGAGAAACAGAACGGUCUUUCGAGAACUACGUACAUUUGACAACAGCUGAUAAAUCCACUUAAAGUGACAUGUACCAAAUUGAACAAAUAGCUGGAAUAAAGUUUGCGCAUUAAAUGACGGAUUCUCAGUAUCGAUGUAGUAUGUUGAUAUUUGUUGCUUAGGGCAUUCGUUUUUACCAAAUUAUAGAGUUCUAAAUAGUAUGUGGUAUGAUUAAUACACAGUAUUUUGUUUUAGUAAGUAGUAUGCAAGACAGAUUUCGGACAUGACCAUAGUAGAGUGAUAUCCAUACUAAGACACCCAUGUAUAGACAGCAGGUGGCGAAAUUGAGGAAUUUCACAUAGCUGUAACUGAAAUAAUUUUGAAUUGCUGUAGAUCUUGCAUCAUUGGGAGCAAACGACAGUAAUGUUUUUGUAUUUUAUAGAUGUAUAUUUUGUAUGGAAAGUAUCUUUAGAUUGGUAUUUUGAAAUAAAUACGAUCCUUGUAAACAGAA